GUUAGCCCUCUCUGUCACCCCGUCUGGACCCGGGGCCAACCUGGAGAGACAACCAGAGAGGGAGAGCUAAAUCCUGGUUGCAGAACGAAGAGGAGUUGAAAAGACCAGGGGUAUAUCAGAACCUGGGGGAAAGGAAACUCCCAGAAAAGCUUUAUUAGAGGUUGGAGGAAGCGUCCUUGCUUACUUGGUAUGCCAGAUACAAACAACUCCUGACCUCUGGUCACUUAAACCAGUACUUGUUCCACUGUUGGACUUACAACUUCUGAAAUUGCAUGGGGAGGAGGAGAUAAAUUUGAGGUGUAGAAAGAACCUGGAGGACUCUCCAUGAAAAUCACUUGUUUAUAUUUAUUUGACAGCGGAAGACAUGGUGAAAGAAAUCAGGACUGCUCAGGAAAACUUUUUUUUUUUUUUUUGGUCUCCAGGGUUAUUGCUGGGGUUCGGUGCCUGCACUACGAAUUCACUAUUUCUGGAGACUAUUGUUUCCCUUUUGUUGCCCUUGUUGUUUAUUGUUGUUGUUGGAUAGGACAGAGAAAAAUCGAGAGAGGACGGGAAGACAGAGAGGGGAAGAGAAAGACAGUCACCUAUAGACCUGCUUCACCGCUUUUGAAGUGACCCCCCUGCAGGUGGGGAGCUUGGGGCUCAAACUGUGAUCCUUGAACUUCUGUGCGCCUAAUCCGCUGCGCUACCACCCGCCCCCGAAAACAAUUUGUAUUUAUUUAUCUGAUAGAGGCAGUGAAUUGUUUCCUUUAAUGCAGUGGAGGGCAGGGCUUGAAUCUGGAUCCACAUGGUAAAGGAGCACACUAUUCAUGUGAGCCCAGCUUAUUUAUUUAAUUAUGUACUUACUUUUUAAGAUACUGUUUAGUUCUGGCAACUUUUUGUGUCACAGGUACGUAGUAAGAUUAUAAGCUAAUCAAUUUCAGUCAUAGGUAAGAUCUUUGCAUUCAUUUUGCUUGUCACUUAUUGGCGAUAAUAGUGAGUUUAGUAAAUCUCGAAGGUUUUUGCCUAACAAUGACCUAAAUCCAACAAUUAGUAAGAUUUUAAUCAGACUUAAAGUAAAUGAGAACACUUGGAGUUGUUGGAUCUCUUGGUCAAGCAGCAGGUUGUUUACUUCAGUAAACAAAUCCUGAAGCUUGACAGCUGUGGGUUAGUGUCCUUGAAAACCUGUCAAGAGCUAUGGCUUGUGUGGUUGAAAAACGAGUCACCGAGAACGCAAAUGACAUCAGGCUAAGGCUCGUAUUUCCUACCAGCCAAGGGAGUCCUAUUGCAGUCAGGACAUGAAGGUUGAAGAGAAACGUGAGCUCUUCUGAGAUCCGCAUUUGGUUAGAGCGAUUGCGGAGUAAACUGGCUUAGAACCACAGAACCUUGCCUGGAGCGGGACAAAAGAGCAAACCAUCUCCUAAAGCUCCAAAUACCGCCGGCUGUAUUGCCACGCUAAGACAAAAAAAAAAAAAGGUUCUGACUAGGAAACGAGAAGCAGAAAUGAAACGCAGAAAGGGAAACAACAAAAGCAGUUUGAAGUCUGGUGAGGACAAAAAACGCCACAACCAAAGCCACAUGUCUCCAUUCCUCAACAAGGCAAUCAAAACAAACCCGCGUGGCCCCGCCCAGCAUCUGUCUCUUCGUGGUCACGUGAGCGGCGCUUCCGGAAAAGGCGGGAGUUAGAGCUGCAGUGUCUUCCUGCUGCUCAUCUUGGGAUACCGAGUUUUGCGCCUUCUCCGACCUCCGGUUCCACUCCAGUUUUGGGUCACGGCAGGAUUUUCGUGGUGUCAGCUAUGGCUGCAGGAGGGGAUGUCAGUACUGAUACAGCCGCUGAAGCUGGAGAAGUGAAAGGCGAACAUGUCAAACCUUUUACACCUGAGAAAGCAAAAGAAAUUAUAAUGUCUUUACAACAACCUGCAGUCUUCUGUAACAUGGUUUUUGAUUGGCCAGCACAACACUGGACUGCCAAACACCUUUCUGAGAUUCUUUGCAAUAAGCAAAUACGAUUCAGAAUGGGAAUGAAAAGCAUAGAUACAGUUCCUCAAUUUGAAACGACCUGUAGUUAUGUAGAAGCUACACUUGAAGAGUUUCUGACCUGGAACUGUGGCCAGCCUAGUAUUUCUGGAGCAUUUAGAGCUUAUGAUCCUUCCAAAUUCUGGGCUUAUGCUGACUAUAAAUAUUGUGCCAGUUUAUUUGAAGAUAAGACAAAUAUUUUUCAGGAUGUGAAAUGGUCAGACUUUGGAUUUCCUGGAAGAAAUGGACGAGAAAGCACAUUGUGGGUUGGCUCCCUGGGAGCCCACACACCCUGCCAUCUGGAUUCUUAUGGAUGCAAUUUAGUAUUCCAGGUACAAGGAAGGAAAAGAUGGCAUCUCUUUCCUCCAGAGGAUACGCCUUUCCUUUAUCCAACUCGAAUCCCUUAUGAGGAAUCUAGUGUGUUCAGUAAAGUCAGUGUUGUCAAUCCUGAUUUAAAACACUUUCCUCAGUUCCAGAAGGCUCGAAGAUACAUGGUUAUACUGCACCCAGGACAGGUUCUGUUUGUUCCCAGACACUGGUGGCAUUAUGUUGAAUCUAUUGAUCCCAUCACUGUCAGUAUAAACUCAUGGAUUGAACUGGAAGAGGACCACCAAGCCCGGGUAGAAGAGGCAAUCACUCGAAUGAUUGUAUGUGCCCUGAAAACUGCAGACGAUCCACACAAUAAGAGAGCUUGGCUAAAUCCGACUGAGGUUGAGGAAACAUCCCAUGAAGUCAACUGUCAAUACUUAAAUGGAGCUGUUUCUGCAUUUUUAGAUCAUCACAUGGCAUCUAAGACAGGAGAAAUCCAACCACUGAGAACAAAUAGAAAGUACACAAGAGAUGAAGAAUUAAUUGUGCAUAACCACAUGGAGGUCGAAGGAACAGAUAGUCAAAACUUAACCUUGGAAAAAGUAAAACAGGAGGCAAUAAAUCCCUUUGGCCCUGAUCUGGUUCCUGUGACACUAACUUCUGUAGAACCUCAGUCAGAAAGAGAAGUCUUAUUUAAAAUUGGUUGUGAAGACCAUUUUAGCAGAGACAGAGAACAUUUUGGAAAAUUACAGUCUUCCAAAAGGCAGCGAAUGAUGAGUCAAAGUGAGAGUGCAAUUGAAAGCCUACCGUCUACUUCUCCCAUAUCAGUUUCUACAGAUGACUUGCUGGACUGCUUGGUGAAUCCAAAGGUAACCAGGAUAGUGGCACAGCUUUUGAUUCAAGGAAAAAGUUUAUGAUUCCACAGAAAAAUGAUUUAAAAAUAUUAUUUCUAACGCAACUUUUAAGUAGCGUGAUCCUUUUUUAAAAAAUAAAAAUUGGAAAAGCAAAUGGUCAAUUUGUACAUCUUUAUGAUAAAGUAUUUGAUCUUUCCUAAUUAAGUCUCAUCUUCCCAUUUCAUUUACAGUGUUCUUUGGUCAGCCUUGCUUACUGUUAUUUUUUUAGGCCUGAUUCUCCUGACUCCUCUAAAAAAAAAAAAAAUGUGGUUUAGUAAGAUUGAUCUCACUUUCAUUACAUUUGCAAAAAGACCUAAGGACGUUUUUUUUUUUUUUACCAUUGCUGUGUAAUUAAGAAUUCAAAAAAUUAGAAAAGCCUAUUUAGUUGGUGCUUGUAAAUAUCUUAUUAAAGAGAGUACAAAGAGGAGACUUUGUUGGCAAUUAUUUUCUCAAGUACAUUGGGGCAGAGAAUGUAGCCAAGAGGCAAAUUCUGUUUUCUUUAGUAGGCAUGUCCCAAUAGCAGAAAUAGAUAUUUUCUUUCUUUUCAUUAUUUAGUUGAACAAAUUGUGACUCAUUAACUAUAAAAUCUGUGUAGUACUAGUGAACAAGAGUUUCAAAAAAUAGAAUAGGCUAACUUAUAGACAACUUAAGAAACAAGGACAGAAAGGGGAAAACACAAAGUGAAAUUUAGUUUUGGUGUGGUCUAUUGCAUCGAGUAAAGAUUCUGGGGAAAAAGGGAAGGAGAGGGGGUGGUAUGAUCAUUGAAUUCUUGGUGCAUGAUGGUAGAAAGCAAAAUUGGAGGUGAGAGUCUUCUGAAGACACUUAUCACAGAGAGAUUAGAAAUUAUAACCAUAUGUCAUCAACUAUAGUAUAAAUAAAAUUAUUUUUACAAAAUAGAAUAGGGUGGGAAGCUAGCAUCUCUGGUAAGAUAGAUGCCUUGACAUGCAUGUAACCCCAGGACACAUACUAGCACUUUAUGGGAGUGCUACAGCACUGCAGGAAGCUCCAGUGCUGUGGUGUGUCUCUGUCUCUCUCUCCCCACCUCUGCACCUACCCUCCUCUCUCCCCUUCCUACCUUCCUCUCUUCAUGUAACAGCAAAUUCAGGCCACUGAGGAGAUGAUUACUAUUUUAGCUGUAAGUCUGAUUGAGCUUUUUCCUUCUCACUUGGUUUAUGAAAACAGUUAUGCCACAAACCUCAGCUCAAGGACUUAAAAAAAAAAAGAUGAGAGACCACCCCUGCCCCCAAGGAGAUAGCACCUUCCUCCCUGGCUAAUGUAUUGCUGCCCACAGAACACACUUUCUGAUGCCCACUGGUUCUUCUGGGGCCAGUAACUGUACUCUCUGAACUCAAGGUUAUAGUAUUCACUCUUGCACACAGUGUCACUUUCUGAGGUUUCACUUACACACAUUUAGUAGUUUAAAAAUACUACCUACAUGAUGAUAACUUUGAGACCUUGUUCACGGAACUUUAUUACAGGCUGUUAGAUUGUUUCAUUUUAUUAUUGUUGUUAAUUUAUGCAAAAUUACACAUUAAACUUUAUCACAGUGAUGUAAAAAUUAUAAAAAAAAGCAUUGGCACACAAAAUUUUGAGGGAUCCACAGAAUGUAUUCCCUGAGCACAGAGACUACAGUGAUGUUAGUACUUUGAAUUAUAAAUAUCUUCUACAAAUUGAUGUCUGUGGUGAGACACGGAGUUAUAACUGAGUUAACUGAUUUCAGCCUACAUAUUUUUUUUGCUCUCUAGUGUGAUUCUUUUCAGUUGUGAAAGAUAUCCUUUGAUGUGUGAAAAAGCUGUUAAGUAGGAAAAAAAGCUAAAACUUGUGCUAUAAGUAUGUAUUUAGAGUAAUAUUCUAAAAUUUUUUGUACUACAUGUCUCUAAAAUGCUACUGUCUAAAUGUAAUGAGGUACUCUGGGUAAGAUUGGUAGUCAUAAAAUACCACAAAUAAACUGGGAUUUUGUACAUUA